UCACGACGCGUAACGUCCACCGCAGCCAUGGAUUCGAAGGAUGAAAUAAAAGCAACAAUAUCAGACAUAAAUGUGAAAUCUACUUCUAUGACUGGGCACUCUACGGGGAUUUCAGCGACAAAGAUGCAAGAAAAGAAGCUUUCCCAGGAAUUAACUAAAGUUGGUAACGAUAAUACCCAGACAUCGACAGUGAUUUGGAGGGAAUUUGUGGACAGUACAACACUUCACGGCAUUCGAUAUGUCUUCAUGAAGCGUCAGAUCUUUAUUCGCCUUAUCUGGAUGAUAUUGCUGAUGAGCUCUGGGGGUUAUUAUAUCUUCACCGUUUACGGCGGUUUCACUAAAUACUACGGUAGACCAGUUACCACUUUAUUAAGCAGAAAACGCCUAAGAGAGAUGGAUUUUCCAGCUGUAACGAUCUGUCCACUCAACUUAUUCACCAAAAGUAAGAUAUAUAUGACAGAUGAUGAUCCACUGUUUGCGUCCAGCGGCCUAAACAUCAGUACAUGUGCUGUGACUGCAGAAGCUCGAGGCAAUUGGUCUUGCGGAUUGUCUAUACUUUGUUGUUGCUCCCCGGCAGAUUUGGAAAAUGAUUUACCACUUUGCGAUAGUCAUUAUAGACAAGUUCUCUUAGAGGUGAUGCGGCAACAUUCUAAUCGCCUAAAUGUUGAAGAAUUUUUUCGGCUCUACGGCCAAAAUUCAAGCGCUAUGAUUGGACCAUUGUGCACAUUCGGCUGGGACGAGGCUGAUUGCUCUGCCGCAGAUUUUGUCCCCUCAGUAACCCCUUGGGGUAUGUGCUUCACCUUUAACUCAGGUACAGACAAUGAAAUGAAAAUAUCAAAAAUUGCAGGAGUUUCAUCCGGGUUGUCAGUCAUUCUUGAUGCACAAACACCAGAGUAUACUCAAGGAAAAUUUUCCGAAGGAUUCAAAGUGUUGAUACAUGGGCAAGGUGAAUACAUCGAUGAAUGGGAAGGUAUCAAUGUAGGACCAGGACAGCACGUUGUUAUUUCUCUUUCUAAGAAACAGUAUCAGAACCUUGAGAAGCCAUACGCAGCCAAUUGCACCAAGAAGGAGUUGAAUACGUAUUUUACGUACACGACAGAAGGAUGUCUUUUUGAAUGUAUGGCUGACAACGUUAUCAGUUAUUGUGGCUGUCGACCUGCUGGUUAUAAAGUUAACUCUGGAACACCCGCGUGUAUAUCAUCCGAAGAGGCUCUUUGCGUUAAGCAGAUAGCAGCAAUGGUAGAUGAAGAGUACUGUGACUGCCAAGUUCCCUGCUCUCAGAUUAAGUACCAUCCUGAAGUGUCCUACUCGAAGUUUCCUGAUGCGAGUACUGCUGACUCACUCAUAAAGUCUGGUUACUAUGCCGAUAUACAAUACCAGAGAGAUAAUCUUGUGUUUUUACAAGUUGGAUUCAAGUCUUUGAGUUAUGAGAUGCAGGAACAGAAGCCAGCUUACGACAGCAAUUCCUUGUUUGGUGAGAUUGGUGGCAACAUGGGGCUCUUCUUGGGAUGCAGUCUCUUGACCAUUUGCGAGUUUUUUGACUUCCUCAUUAGUUUUUUAAAUGCACGAAACCGUCGCGUUACUCAUCCAUAACAAAUGCUUUGGACUGAACAAAUCUUU